AUGGAUUCAGGUCCUGGUAUCAACAGCUCUGACAUGGUGGACUCCAUUCUUCUGUGUUAUGAGAAUGUCAACAGGUCCUGUGUUAGAGCGUAUAUCUUCUCUCCUGCUCUUAGAGGGACUAUCUACCUUAUCUUAAGCUCCAUUAUUGUGCUCACUGUGGCUGGAAACAUGCUGGUUAUCAUCUCUAUUCUACACUUCAAACAGCUCCACACCCCCACCAACUUCCUCAUUCUGUCCCUGGCUAUAGCUGACCUGCUGCUGGGGGUUCUUGUACUUCCUUUCAGGAUGAUCUAUACUGUGGAGAACUGCUGGUACCUGGGGCACUUCUUCUACCGCUACUAUGCAGUGUGUCGUCCUCUGCACUACAGAACAACCAUCACUGUGCAGUCAGCUUUGAUCAUGGUGCUGAUGAGCUGGUGGGUGUCUGCUCUAGUCGGCUUUGGGACAAUAUUCCUGGAACUUAACAUCCUGGGUGAAGAGGAGUUUUACUAUAAGUAUGUGCUCUGUGAGGGAGGCUGUGUGACAUACCAGACUGCCACUGCUAGCUCCGUCUCCUCCUCUCUCUCCUUUUACCUUCCUGCACUCAUCAUGCUCUGCAUCUACCUCAAAAUCUUUCUGGUGGCCCAGAGACAGGCUCGCAGCAUCCAGAGCACCACCUUCCAGAACCAGAAGUCUGGAGCUGUGCCCAGCAAGUCAGAGAGAAAGGCCUUCAGAACCCUGGCUAUCGUUAUGGGAGUCUUCCUGUGUUGCUGGACUCCUUUUUUUCUUUGCAAUGUGUCCAUUCCGUAUAUUGUAGACACUAACCUUCCACUUUUGCUACGAAUCACAAUUACAAUUGGAUAUUCAAACUCCUUUCUUAAUCCCAUAGUAUAUGCCUUCUUUUACAGUUGGUUCAGGAGGGCAUUUAAGAUGAUUGUUUUUGGUUCCAUAUUUCAGCCACAAUCAUCAAAUAUUAAGUUGGUCUCAGAGUAA